AUGAUGCUCACCCUCGGCCUGCUUGUUAACACAGACACUGCAUCAAGCAAUGUCAAAAUGCUACAGAGUAGCGCAGCUGUACAUAACCCGAAACACAAGACGAACAAAAGCGGAGAGAAAGAUGGUGAAAAUACACCAGCAGUGAAACCUUGCACAGUAACUAAUCCAUUGACCAACCAGUUCUACGACUUGAGAUCAUUGGCGGCUGUCACUAAAGAUAUUGAUGGCCAGACAGUGAUAGUGAGCCAACCAUGGAUGACCAGAGGGCUUGACUAUGCGGGAAACUUCACUUUAGGAAUUUGCUCAUCUCCAAUUUCUCUACCUGAAGAUCUUGAUGGUGAUGAUUUCUCGUCUGUGAGGAACAAAACAGAAGUGGCAGCGUACUUCACAUCGCCUGACUUCCCUCACAAGAUGGCCCUCGGUCUUGCAUCUACUGAACUCAAGUUUAGAGGCCGAAAUUUGGUGAUGGAAUACACUGGAGGAGAUCUCUGUCCAAAUUCAAAGACGCGCAGGCGUUCAUCUUUACUAUUAUUCUCUUGCGACCGAGAGAUCCAAUCGAAAGCCAAGGUGUCAUACAUUGGCUCUGCCGACGACUGCGCUUACUUCUUUGAGGUGCGUACUAUACAUGCAUGUGCCACGGCUCCCACGGGAGAAAACAUGGGAAUAGUGUCCAUAGUAUUUCUCAUUGGAGCUGCCGCAGCUAUUACAUUUUUUGGUGGGGGUGUUCUCUAUAAGCUAUUCAAGAGACUUGACUUAGGACAACCACCACGGUUACCCAAUUGA